AUGUCAAAUCUUCAAGCUUCGAACCUCUUCUCGGUCCAGGGCCGCGUCGUGGUCAUCACUGGCGGAGGCAGCGGUCUGGGCCGUAUCAUGGCCAAAGCCCUCGCUAUCAACGGUGUCUCGAAGAUUUUUGUUCUGGGUCGCCGAGAGGAUGCGCUCCGUGAGACAGCUGCCCAGGCAGCAGACGGUGUCAUCGUCCCAGUCAAGUGCGACAUCACAUCAAACGAGUCCCUGGUAUCGGCAUACGAGACUGUUGCAGCACAGACGAACCAUGUCGAUAUCCUCUUUGCCAAUGGCGGUAUCCUGGGUCCGCUCAUGCGCUCGCCUCCGCCCAAGGCUGACGGCACUCCGCCAUCUCUGUCAGAACUGCGCGACGAGCUGUUCAACAUCCCCAUGGAGGAAUUCACGAACGUCCUAAAUGUCAACGUGACCGGCUCAUACUAUACUGUUCUGGCCUUCCUGCCGCUACUCGAGGCAGCCAACAAGAAGCGACCCGCGCCACAGGUGGGCGUGCUCACGGCUCCGACCGCGCAGGUCAUAAUCACCAGCUCCAUUGCGAGUUUCAACCGGAAAGUGCCGUUCAGCUAUGCGUACAAUGCGUCCAAAGCUGCGGUCACUCAUCUCGUCAAGAUGCUCUCUACUAAUCUAUCCUCGUAUGAUAUUCGAGUCAAUGGUCUCGCACCGGGACUGUAUGAUUCCGAGAUGGCCAAUAAUGUCUUCGUUGAGAAUGGUACUCAGGGCGGUGGUAUCUCUGAGGGUUCGUUCCCGAGAGAUAUGAUUCCUCUGACUCGAGGUGGGAGUGAGGAGGACUUUGCUGGUUUGGUCAUUUGGUUGGCGAGCAACUCGGGCGGUUACGUUAAUGGUACCAUGCUGCUUACUGACGGUGGUCGGAUCAGCUCAGUCCCGAAUACGUAUUAG